AUGGAUGCCAUUAAAAGCAACACGGAUAAAACCAUGGGUGCGCAGGAAGCCGUGUGGGAUACGUUGUCCGAAAGAAUACCUAAGAUUCCUGAUGAGCCCGUUCCUCUCGGAAAACUGGGCCAUCGGCCAGGAGCCCGCCUGGUUUCUGAGAGUUUCCCGUGUCUCGGCCUGGACGCUGUGCUCGUGCGGCACUACGCAAAUCUAAUCCAAGAAGCCCUCGCAACCACGAACCGAACCCUUUUGAAGCAACUCGAGAUCUUUGAUCCCUGUCUCCAAUCCGACUCUUCCCCCGUUCUGCUCCACUUCGACGCUCUUGCAGACAUCUUUCGCAGCGAUCACCCCUGCAUUUCGACUCCCGCCAAGUCCACGUUUGAAAAAGUCGCAUGUCCUCCCCAUUAUUCCAGUACGAGCGGAUCCGAAGAUCCCGAAUGUUUGUCUCGAGUCCUGCUCUCGCCGAUGCGCCACGGCGAUGAAGAGACCACGGCUGAUGCUGAGUUCGCGGAUUUCGGCGAAAAUAAUGUCACCUCGUCAUCUGUCAUGAGAACUUGUUUGAUUCACACGGAGUUUGAGUUCUUUGACGAUGACGUGUUCCUGUCGGCGGAUCCGUUUCCGGAUCAUCAUCCCCCGGCACUUGUUCCGUUCGUGCUCGCCGCAGACUCGCUCAAGUUCCCCGAGCUCGUCGGCUCUUUGCGCGUGAUGAAGGAGACCACGCUACUCGGACUGCGCGAAGAGUUCUGCAACACUCCGUUUAAUCAGUUGAAGACUGAAUACUUCGCCCUGAAUGAUCACACGUUGCGAGAAGCUUGCUUUUAUUACGCGUUCUCUUCGCUGUUGCUCGAGCGACUGGGAUUCGCUGAGGAAUCAUUCGGCGCUAUGAAGCUGGUGUCACGCGGUGUGAAUACGACUGACGCGGACGUGAUGAAUGAGACAUUUUGGUACGCGUCCAAGAUGAAGUCGUAUUCUACUGUCGGGGUGGUGUUGUUCGUUGUGUCGCUGUUGCUGGCGUUCGCUAUGAUCUUGCUGGGAGGCGCGCUGAUGAGGCCGGACUCGGAUUGGGGAGAGGAUCCGGAACAGCAGAAGCCGCCGUAUGCGACAUUGCCGUCCAAGUUGGACGAAGAUGGGGGUGGGGCUGACGAGCAAGGUGAGGUUGCGACAUCUGGGUAUCAUCGCUUGAACUAUGACCCGUCGCCGCAGCGCAGUUUCGAGUCGCUACGGGAAGGCGACGGUAGAAGAUUGGGAAGUCCCGAACACCCAGAAAUCAUCAUCAUGGGUGAACCGUCCUUGGACGAUUUCCAGAGCCGCAGAGGCGACUCCCGCCUUCAAUCCCCGAUUAUCUCGCCUGCCGUUUCAACCACAACGUCCACAAUUAUUUCUAAACCCGGUACAGCACCCCGGGACCGCGUCUUUCCGAACCCAUCAGGAAAUACCGGUGGGUCGCCCUUCAUCAUUCCAAGACGCGAUUCGCCAAGCAGUCGGAAAUCACGGCCAACCAGCAGGGGGAAAUUUUACCGGACGACUCUUCCUUUCAUCCCUGCGGAAGAAAACUUGGAGUACGAGAUCUUCGAGCAUGUGGACUCAUCGGAUGAAGAAGAGGAGGUGGAAUCCAGCAGGCAAACCCCAAGAAGCCAGGGAAAGCCUUCUCGAGAUCGGAAUUUCGAGCCUGAGUCAAAGGACAGCGAAGAACCUAAUCAAUUUCAGAAGAUCUCCGAGCGCUUGCCCUUAUCCGAUAUCAAAUCCAGAAGCUCGAAUCGACCCGAGACUUACGAAAACGCUUCCGAUGAAGCUGACGAUGAGGAGGAAAUGCUCGACGCACCGGUAGAUGACGCACCCAAGACACCGGCUAACAACCCGCUUUCGGCCAACUCGGAACCCACGAGAAUAAUCACGUCUGCUGACCUGGAAGAAGAAAUCGCCGAUGAAUGAGGCAGUCCCCUCUAAUCUUGGAUCAACUUGGGUCAAACUCUGGGACCCGAUUUUUUCCGUGGCAUGCAGCGGAGCGAUCGAGAGAAUUUCAUUUCCGAAAAUAGCGGCGACUUUGUCAGAAACCAUCAUGCUGGGACUCAGCUUUGUGAAAGAAAUUCGGAUUUCGACGCUUUGGAGCUGCAAAUUUUACGCCAUACAGUAAUCGAUCUAUAGCUUAUGGCGAUGAAACUAGCAAGAUCUCAGAGAUGGAGAAAAUAUUACCAUAACUUUUGAA